AAGUGUGUUUUUUUGUAUUUCGAGAAACAUAAUUUGAAAUUGACAGCCAAAAAAACUAACCAAACCAAAAAAACAGAGACAGAAACUCAUAUAUAUUCAUUCAUAUGUAUAUAUAUUCGAGAAGUCGCUGCGCGUGUUACAAAUCCAAAAUAUAUUUCGCAUAAUAUAUGUACCACGAUAUCUAGAGAUACAGACAUAUGUGUUGUGUGUUCUUCGCUCGACUUUAUAAAUAACAAAAAAGAAACCCUCUGCAUCUCGGUUCGUGUUGUUUCGUCAGAAGAAUCGAAAGAAACAAGUGUACGACGGUAUUGAAAUAACCCAAGCGAUCAAAAGAAAUAAAAGCCAAGUAUUAAACCAACUUAAGCAACAAUUGCUAAACGAACUGAAAAAACGCUACAAUUAAAUAGAACAAUCAUAAGAAAAAAUAUUACGUAUGCGCAGCGUAAACAAAUAAUAUCCGAAAAGUAAAUAAAACAUAAAUCGCACAAUCAUGGACACUAACAAACUGCUAAAGAACGUUUAUGGCAUCGAUAUACACUUUGAAGAUCUCGUCUAUCAGGUUAAAGAGCCUAAGAAAAAAGAAAAAAAAUCUGUGCUCAAGGGCAUUACGGGCACAUUCAAGUCCGGCGAACUGACAGCCAUCAUGGGUCCAUCGGGUGCCGGCAAAUCUAGUCUUAUGAACAUUCUCACUGGCCUCACCAAAACCGGCGUCUCGGGCACCAUCGAGAUCGGCAAGGCACGCAAAUUGUGCGCCUACAUCAUGCAGGACGAUCAUUUCUAUCCAUUCUUCACUGUCGAGGAAACAAUGCUGCUGGCAGCGGCCCUCAAAAUAUCCAACAAGUGUGUCAGCCUAAAGGAGAAGCGUGCUUUGGUUGAUCACUUGUUAAACACAUUGAAGCUAACGAAAGCGAAACAAACCAGAUGCUCGAAGCUGAGUGGCGGCCAGAAGAAACGUCUAUCCAUUGCCCUAGAGCUGAUAGACAAUCCAGCAGUGCUAUUUUUAGACGAGCCCACAACCGGACUGGACAGCUCAUCUUCCUUUGAUACCAUACAACUGUUGCGAUCGCUGGCGAACGAGGGUCGAACCAUUGUGUGCACAAUCCAUCAGCCAUCGACCAACAUUUACAAUCUGUUCAACCUGAUCUACGUGCUCAGCUCGGGUCAAUGCACGUACCAGGGCACGCCCCAGAAUACGGUGAUGUUUCUCAAGACGAUCGGACUCGAAUGUCCCGCCUAUCACAAUCCAGCUGAUUUCUUGCUGGAGUGUGUGAAUGGUGACUUUGAGGAUCACACGCAGGCUUUAACCGAAUGCGCCAAGGACACGCGCUGGCGAUACGAUCAGCAGCUGAUGCAAGCGGACGACGUUGAGCCACCAACUGAGGCGCAAGUUGCCAAGUUCAAUGAAUCCCAAUCCCAAUCUCAAUCGCAAGCGCAAGCCCAAUCCCCCAGCCAAGGGCAGCAGACGACGUCGCAGCCCAAAGUGCAGCUGCAGAGCAUGGAGUCGACAAAGGAGCUCGUUAAGCACACCUAUCCGCCGCCUGAAUGGAUGCGACUCUGGCUGCUAAUUGGACGCUGUCAUCUGCAGUUCUUCCGCGAUUGGACCUUGACCUAUUUGAAGCUGGGCAUGCACAUUCUGAGCGCUGUGAUGAUCGGACUCUUCUUUGGCGAUUCGGGCAUCAAUGCGACUAAACAAAUCUCUAAUGUGGGCAUGAUCAUGAUACACUGUGUUUAUCUCUGGUACACGACUAUAAUGCCUGGAAUCUUGCGCUAUCCAUUGGAGAUUGAGAUCAUCAAGAAGGAAACGUUCAACAAUUGGUACAAACUAAGAACCUACUAUGUGGCCACAAUGAUAACAUCCACACCAGUGCAUAUCAUCUUCUCCACGGUCUAUAUAACAAUUGGAUAUAUGAUGACUGAUCAGCCAGUGGAAAUGGAUCGAUUUGUCAAGUAUCUGCUGACUGCGGUUGUGGUAACAAUAUGCGCCGAUGGCUUGGGUGUUUUCCUCGGCACUAUUCUCAAUCCAGUGAAUGGCACAUUUGUUGGCGCCGUGUCUACGUGCUUUAUGCUCAUGUUCUCGGGUUUCCUCAUCCUGCUGACCCACAUACCAAAAGCUUUGCAUUUUAUUGCUGCCCUCUCACCACUGCGCUAUGCCUUGGAGAAUAUGGUAAUCUCGUUGUAUGGCAACCAUCGUGACAAGUUGGUCUGCCCCUCCGAAGAGUUCUACUGUCAUUUCAAAAAUGCCAUCACAGUGCUGAAACAAUUUGGCAUGGAACACAGCGAUUUUGGCUACAACAUCAUGAUGAUUCUGGCCCAAAUAACGCUAUUCAAGAUCUUGGCGUACUUCACGCUCAAGCGUAAAGUCAAGUCGGGUUAAUUUGGGGGGAAAUUGCCUAGCACACGAGUAUUUGAGCUUAAUAUAAAUUGAAUGUGAUUUUAUGUUACUUAUCGCUUAGUGAACUUAUCAAGUGAACUAUAUUUUACAUCGGCGUGUGAUACUUUAACUAAUGCUAAAUGUGGCAUACACAUAUUGUAGGCAUAGCGAAUAUACAAAUAUGUAGUUUUUAUAUGGUUAUACACUUUCAUAUGCAUGUACAUACAUUUAUAGGACUAUACAUAAUGUAUAUAUGUCAUUUGGCUAGUUUUUGUCUUAUUGUUUUAACUAGAUUUUAGUAAGAAUUUUUAUGUGCGUACGAAUAAAAUGGAAAUGUUAUAAAAA